UUGAAUCGAUCCACAAUGCGGGAGCACCACACCAAAAUUGCGAUGCGCUUGAAAGAAAUAUUGAAGGAAGAAAUGCACGGAAAGCUAAUUUGCCUAAAAGUAGAUUCCGCGGCCCGGCACAACCGUCACAUUUUAGGAAUAAAUGUUCAAUAUGCUGUAGGUGACAAAGUGGUUAUUCGUUCGCUCGGAAUGAUUCAAGUAAAAGAAAGCCAGACAGCAGCUUUUUUGAAAUCGAAAGUUAUGGAAACGUUGGCUGAAUACGGACUGUCUGUUGAACAGAUUUUCUCAGUGACCUGUGAUAACGGGGCCAAUAUGUUGGCAACCGUUAGAAAACUGAAGCACGAAUUGGAGUUGACCCUUUUUGAGAAAACUGAUGGAGAUGACGGUGAAGAAGGUCAGUCAGCAGAAGAAUCAAAGCGUGACAUCAGUGAAGAGCUAUGCAUUGAAUUCCAAGAAAGGAUUAAUCUCGUGAGAUGUGCCGUCCACACUCUCCAACUCGCAAUAUUGGACGUUGUGAACAAGUCCAAUGAAUCCGUCAAGAGCCUCACUGAUGUUGCCAAGAAGUGCAAAAAUGUCAAAUAUCGCACCUUCUUCGAGUUCCACACCGCGUCGUACCCCCCCGUUUGGAGCCAAACAAGAUGGGGUGGUAUGUUUAAAAUGGUCGAAUCAUUCAAAGAUCAAAAAGUUUUCUUCACGACACUUGCCGAUCAAUUUCCCGAGCUUGAUCUUUCAAGCCUUUGGACAUUUGUAGACCAUUAUUAUGAUGCGUUCAAGCCGUUGUACAUCUGCACCAAAAAAAUGCAGGAGUCACAUGUAUCCCUAUCUGAUUUCUACAUGGCUUGGCUCAUGGCCACAAGUGAAGUCCAAAAGGUUACCGAUAAUCCUUUUGUUCCUGCUUUAAUACAAUCAUUGAGGACCAGAUUGGAUGCGUUGCGUCAUUCAAGAGCAUUCAAAAUGGGAUUGUUUCUCGAUCCCAGAUUCAACUACCAUGCUUCAAAAUUAUUCACGGGAGAUGAAAAAGAAGAAAUACAGAGAUACAUAACUGAAACUUGGGAACGGAUCCGUCAACUUGAACCAACAUCCACCAACAUGAACAAUGAAUCGUUGUCGGGAUCUACUGAUGAAUUUGAUCAAUACCUUACUAAAAUGUUCGGUGGUUCAAUGGAUACCAGCAUCCAAGAAAACGCAACCAAUUUCCUCCAGCAAGUCAAGUCCCUUGACUUGGAGCCACGCCAAAAUCACAACUAUAACGUCUGGAAUCAUUGGCUACGCCGUAAAACCACGCAUCCUGAGCUCCACGCAGUGGCUAUGAUUGUGUUGUCCACACCCUCGAACCAAGUUUCAGUUGAGAGGUCAUUUAGUGCCCUUGGACUGGUUCUCUCUAAUCUACGAACAGGGCUGGCAGAGGAAACAUUGGCAAAUAUCUUGAUGAUAAAACUAAACAAAAAUUUGUUCCAGAAAACUAUUCAGUCAGUUUACAAUUGGAAGGAAUAUGUUGAAAUUUCCGGUGACGAAACAUCGAUGGUAGUUUAA